UGUCUGACCCGCUUCAAAAUGGCGGGAGGAGCCAAGGAGUUCGAUGUGGUGGUUGUUGGCUCCUGCAUGACAGACCUCGUGAGCUAUGUUCCUCGGCUCCCCAAAGCUGGCGAAACCAUUCACGGCGAUAAAUUUGUGAUGGGGUUUGGAGGAAAAGGUGCGAAUCAGUGUGUGAUGGCAGCUCGGCUAGGGGCUAAAACUGCAAUGGUUGCCAAAGUUGGUGAUGAUUCUUUUGGACAUCGAUAUAUUGAAAAUUUUAAGCAACACGAAGUCAAUACAGAUCAUGUGGAAAUCACUAAAGAGGCUGCGACUGGAGUUGCUCCUAUUUCAGUGAAUUCAAAUGGUGAAAAUUCUAUUGUCAUUGUCAGCGGAGCUAAUGAUAUUCUGUCAGAAGAGGAUGUUAAAAGAGCAAAGUCUGUCAUAACAUCAGCCUCAGUUUGUGUUUGUCAGCUUGAGAUUAACCCAGAAGUAACACACUACACUUUAUCUCUUGCAAAGAAAAACGGUGUGCAAACAAUAUUCAACCCAGCACCAGCUCUGUCGUGGCUGGAUUAUUUUUAUUAUGCACUUAGUGAUGUAUUCUGUGCAAAUGAGAGUGAGGCUGAACUUCUAACAGGAUUGUCAGUAAAAACAAUAGAAGAUGCAGAGAAGGCUGUGAUAAUGGUAUUGGAGAGAGGGGCUCGUAGGGCAGUUAUCACACUUGGCAAUAAAGGCUCUGUUAUUGGAACUAAAGAAAACCGCAUACCCAAACACAUUCCUGUCACAGCAGCAGAACCUGUGGAUACCACGGGAGCUGGAGAUGCAUUCAUUGGAGCUCUUGCAUUUUACAUGGCAAAAUUCAAGGACCUUCCUUUUGAUGAGGUUGUUAGGAGAUCUGGUGAAAUUGCCAGAGCAACUGUGUUGGCUGUGGGGACACAGUCUAGCUAUCCUACUAAACGAGAACUACCAUCCUCUCUGUUUAGCAACAGUGUUUCAAGGGACAGACUAUCCUCGACAUAAAACUUUAAGCUAUUAUCAACAGAUCUUAAAUUAAAAAGAAUACAGUAACUGUUAUCUUUGAUAAUUAUUGUCAUGUAAAUGACACCAAAUAUACCUGUCUGAGAUGUAAUAUAAAUGAAAAAAAUUGCAACCUUUAGGAAUAUUAGUGACAUAUUGAAGAGCAUUGUAUAAAACAAAUUGCUUGUCUAUUGUUGGAAAUGAGGUGAAGCACCUCUGACAACUAUGUUAUAUUCAUGGGUUUUGUAAUUUUGGCUAGAGAUGAAAUUUAUGCAUUAAUUGAACACUCCAGUUGGUGCAAAGAUCUAUCAUUGCCAUUGUUAAAAUACUUUCCUUUAUUAUUACCAGUAAUCAAGCUGCUCACAUACAAGCACACUUCUAGUGUGGAUUCCAUUAUUGGUGACAUGAAAAUGUUUGGUGUGAUGUGGUGAUGAGUUUUGGAGAUGAUAGCCAGUCUCUUCAGUUUCCCUUAAAUUUCAUUGGCUGUCUACUCACAUAUAUUUUCAGAGCAAGAUGAGAUCAAAUGACAGCAGGGAAGGAGAUAACUGUAAAGGAACUUUAAUCAUUAUUUGUUUCACUCUUGAGAUCUGUGCUGUGUGUUGUACAUUCAUUACCAUUUUGCAAUCAAGAUUUAUUGUGAACCCCUUCACUCUUAAGAUCUCAUUAGUAAUUCUCCCAACUGUCCGCAAUACCUUUCUUAUGAUAUUAGUUCAGAGAAUUUGGUAAUGGAUCAGCUAAUGAUCCCUUAAUUUAUAAUUCUCUCUAUUCUCAUUAUAAUUACUAGUCUGCACGAUAUUGUAGGGAGAAAUUCUGUCUUGGUCACUCAUAGGAGUUCAAGGCCUCAAUCAAACAAUAUCCUAUAAUUUAUAUAUAUAUUUUUCCUCAUUACCAUUGUGCCUGAGAUGUAUUGAUACAUUAAAGAGAUAUUCCUCUUUGGUCACUCAUAGAAAUGAGAGCACUCAACUCUAAAACUUUAGUGCUUGUGCAGUCUGAGAAAGACUGUUGUCUGUAAUAGUGACUGACAAGCAGAAGUCAUCAUCAGAGUCAAAUGAAUAUUUGUCUUCAGUUGAAGAUACUUAUUGCCGGGCUUAGUGCAUUCAACUGAACACAACUGUUUACUUGACUCUGAUGAUGACUUCUGCUUAGGUUGUUGAAAGGUCGGUCACUACUGCUGACAAAAGUCCUUCCCAGGACUACACCUUACCCUAACCCAGACAACAUUAGCAGAUGUUACCCCCAGGUUCCAGCCAUUUGUUGUCUAAAACUUUAGUAAGUUGUAGGAAAAUUCCUGUUGGGUCUCUUUUUCCAACUGGCAUUUGAACAAGGUAUAAGUAUUUUGUUUCACCAUUGAGAACAUGCUAAAACCCAUUUGGUGACUCAUUGGUGCCUGUAAGUGCAUUAGUGUAUGCCACUAGUAUGCAAGCUUUUUGUGGAUGCCUGCAAGAGAAAGCUUCUGCCAUCUGGCCCAACAAACCAAUAAAAAACUGUUGGUCAGUGUUUUGUUUUAAAACUGAAAAUGAAUAGGAAAGUGUAUGUCUACUUUUGUCUUCCCCCACUAAUAUAUGUUUAAUAUCAAUAUUUGGAAUUGAAUUAUUGUACAGUAAGUAUUAGGAAAUGACCACCAGUAUUAAUGUUAAUGAUGAUGAGUGUCUGCAUUGUUACUUGUUGGCCAAUAAAAAACUGCUGUCUCUUUCAA